UAUAAUAUACAUUAAUUAAUGUAUUCAUUCAAUAAUUCAUUCAUUCAUUCAUUCAUUUAUAAUCUAUAUGAGAACACAAUUCUGCACAUCUCAGGCAUUUGUAGGUUUCUUCACUACUUUACUAAGCGGAACACAAGAGGAAACCUCAUUGUAAUAUACAGUAAAUGAGCCUCUAAAUUAAUUUUGAGUGUGUCGUUUAAUUAGUGUGGUGUGUUUCUCCUGUAAACUCUGCUUGUUUGUUUUUUCGCCUCAUUAAAAAGAUAGAAUCGGCUGUGUUUACGGCCUCUAUCGGUCUGGAUUGACGGGGUGUUUACACACAGCUCUUUCUCUCCUGGCUUGUUGUCACGGCUGCUUUUGUGCUCUCUCUCCCUGAUUGGGUCUGUGUGGGUUUCACCCAAGUGGCUCCCUGUCAUUAAGAUACUAAAUCUCUCUGGGCAAUAAAGUCAAAUUAGUUUGCCUUUCUAAUUAUCCUAAUACUGCCUCCUGUAUGAUUGUUUUCCGCCAUGAAGUCCCUCUAAUCCACAUACUGAAAUAAAGCUCAGAUUGUUCCCCUAAUAAUCUGUUAUCUCUGGGCUCCCAAGUCUUUUUGAUAUGGCAGAGGAAGCCAAUGGAUUGCUGCUCUCCUGUUAUUAAUACGCUGCAUGCAUUGCUCCAUAAAUAAAAUGAGCUGGAUUUAUAUGCAUGCAAUAUGGAGCUAUUCUGUACUGGGUUCAGCAAAAUAAACUUUGACAUUACCGAAGGCAUUUACUUAUAUAGUACAUGCAUGUAUAUAUUACAUACAUAUAAUUAAGUAUUGGGACAGUGACACAAUUAUAGUUGUUUUGGAUCUGCAUUUUAAAUAAAACAAAGAAUAUGAGGUUAAAGUGAAGACUGCCAUCUUAAAAAGGUACAUUAAAAACUAGAGUUUAUAAACAGACCUAUGGACAGAUGAGAUGACAAAAGUGAUGGAGAGAGGAAAGUAUAGAGAAUGCAAGGAACUGCUCAUGAUCCAACACAUGCCACCUCAUCUGUGAAUCAUGGUGGAGGUAGUGUUAUGGCUUGGGUAUGUAUGGCUGCCACAGGUGCAUGUAAAUAUUUACAUUUACUUUUAUAUGAACCUUUACAUAUAUUGCAAUAUGAGUAAUGCAUGUACACGAAAUAUUGCUUGUAAUUCAUAACAUUCAUUGUACUGCUGCUCCAGUUCUCAGUAGAUCAAACCAAUUGUGGAUGGUGGUAUUUGAUACAUAAUGCUGUGUGUACAUGUUCUGAAACUGCUAUGAUGAAGAAAGAGCGUACAUUUCCAUGUCAGUUCUCAUGAGUGUUCCAUCAUGUUGACUGAAAAAUCCCAAAACAAACCAACGUCUCAACUUGUCCAAAGUACGCCUUAAGAGAGCAUGUCCUCUACUAACACCUUUCAAAAAGAAAUGUCUGAUAGAUUCAUAUUUUCUCCUCCUACUAAGGAAAGAUGUACUCUUGUACACUUGUGUCACUCAUUUAUGUGCUAUUUCUAUAUAUCCAAAUACUUUUUUAGGGGGAAGUACGCUGGUGGCGGGGGAUAGAAGUACAUGUCCGGAGUGUUAAUCGGGUCAGUAGAAUGAUGAAUCGCCGUGAAUAUUUGCUCAGAAAUUCUACCUAGACUCCUUGAUUGCAUUUAUACUUCUCAGUUGAUUGAAGAGUUUCUUUGAAGCUUUUUUUUCCCCUGUCACCCCCACCACUCAGUUGGUGGUCAUGUGACCUUGAUGAGAAGGCGGGGCUUGGGCGGGAGGAAACAGGUAAGGGGCAGUGUGCUUCACACCUGGCUCAGGUGAGAGCUCUCUCCUCGGAGCAGACUCCACCUUCACCCACCAGCCAUCUCUUCAAGGACUCCUCUCUCACAGCUCACAGCCUGCUCUCUGAUCACAUGGAUUCAUAUCGCUCUUAUUGCUAUACGUCUAUACAGCUGUGCCGCUGUGCUGCAUUUUCUACGUGGAAUUUUUUUGGCUGAAUGGGCACACAUUGCAUUAGGCUAAUGUUUUUUUUUGUUUCCUUAUUUUUAAUUGGCUGGUGCAAUAAGACCCUACCUCUUCAGCUGACACCAGCUACAACACUUUUUUUCUCAGUUCGCAGGCUGCUUUAUUUGAUCCUGUACCUGUAUUGCAUUACACCGCUCUAUAUCAGUGUCUAAUCUGCAUUUACAAUUUGUACGCUCACCAUCCAGGGCCCAUUGUUGAGCGGGGACUGAGUGUGCCGUUCGGUUAGUCUUUCCUUGGCCCUCUCCUCCUGGCCGUGUGGAACCGGGACGCGGGAGCCCCCCGGACCCUGCCGGGAGAGCGGAGAUGUUCAGCCCGGGCCAGCUGCUGUCGGCCCUGUCGCCCGUCGUCUUCCCCUCCUCCGCGGCUCACUUCUACCCUGCCUUUCCGGCCAGGCUGGGCAUGCCGCAGAUCUCCAGCCUCUUCAUACCGAGGCCCCUGGUCAGCUACGAGAUAUUCCAGAGCUACCAGCUGCAGCCCGAGCCCUGCAAGCAGGCUCUGCUCCUGGCCACCCAGGCGGCCGGAUUGGUGGGGAUCCCAGAGUACGCAGACGAGCUGCGGCCAGUGAAGCAGAGGCGGGCUCGGGCCAACUACAGCAGCUGGCAGCUGGAGGAGCUGGAGAAGGCCUUCGAGAGCACGCACUACCCUGACAUCUUCAUGAGGGAGGCCCUGGCCCUCCGGCUCGACCUCAUCGAGGCUCGAGUGCAGGUGUGGUUCCAGAACCGCAGGGCCAAGAUGCGGCGGCAGAUGAAGCUGCAGGGCCGGGCUGGGGAGAGGGCAGCGGGCGAGGGCUGCCAGGAGGUCCCCACCGUGUCCCGCCAAGCCAUACAGGACCCCGAGAGCUCCGACAGCGAGCACUGGGACAGGAAGCCAGAGAAAGGGGGCUACCCCAGGCCCGGGACCCGACCCCCAGCGACGCCCGCAGUCCUGACCGGCCGCGUCCAGGGCGGGGCGCGCCGGUCCGGGGAGCUGGAGAGAGUUCAGGGCCCUGGCACGGACGAGUUCCGCUCCUUCAGUAUCGCCAAGCUUCGGGCCAAAGCCAAGGAGCACGAGGCAGAGAUCCACAGCACCGCGGCCAAAUCCAGACUGGAGCUGCUGCCCGGGGACACGGAGAGGGCGACCGAGCCUUUGUCUCCAUUACACCCCGUUUAACCUGCAGCCACAUUGUCAUGUGUACUCUCUACUGAUGCCCAUCAUCGAAGCACUGUGACGGAAUGGAGUAGAAGCCAGAUAAAAAGAACUAUUCUGUCACACUGUCUUAUUUGCUUUAUUCUUUCAUCUCAUAAAUUAAUUGAUUUAUAAUUUAUACUUAUCUGUCCUGUAUCUAUAUAGCUAGGUUGAUGCUGUACAGUAAAUCCCAUAUCUGACUUUUUAUGAAUAGAUUAAUAAACUGUGCAUUACAAUUUGUUUCUGGUAAUGUUUGCUUUUUGAUAUCUGUUCAACAGAUAGUAGUGCAGUUGAAAAGCAUAACACUUACAGUUUGAAGUAAACAUUGCUGGUUGAAAAGAACAUGGAACAUCACCAUCAAUGUGACUCAGCACUUUGGCUGAACCUUGUAGAUUUUUUAUCUUCAGUUCUUUCAUAGCUAGAUUUAUUAUGUGGAGGACAUUUAACAAACAAUUUCCAGAAAUAACAUGACUUGUUUGAAAAGCACAUUUUUUCCCAUGUCUGAACUGUUGUACAGGAAAGCUUUGUCAGUGUUGUGUGACAGGAUAAUAGUGUUUUUGUUUCCUCUAGUUCACACUUACAGAAUUUUUCCAAGAAAAUAUGUCUAUCUAUAUAUAAAAGGUAAAGGUA